GUCUUCUCAUCCAAACCGGCACGCCCAAGAGCUGAAGGUUCGUGGGGUUCUUGCCAUUCAAUCGUAGGGUUCUAGCCCAUUUAUCUACAGCAGCGAUGGCAAUGACGCCGACGAAAUCCCCGAACGCCGAUACCGGCUCUGAUGUCGUGAACACUCCAACUCCGGACUUCUCUACUAAAUCCGGCCCUAAUCCCGAUGCCACUUCCGACGUAUUGAGCUCCCCAUCGAGCCCGCCCGCCGUCUGCUUGUAUAGGUUUGCCGCAGACUCUUUCGGUGGGGCGUUUAUGGGUUCCAUUUUCGGAUACGGUGCAGGGUUGAUAAAAAAGAAGGGCUUCAAAGGGUCUUUUGCAGAGGCAGGAUCAUCUGCAAAGACAUUUGCAGUACUGUCCGGAGUACACAGUGUUGUGGUUUGCUUUCUGAAGAGGCUUAGGGGAAAAGAUGAUGUAAUUAAUGCUGGUGUAGCUGGAUGUUGUACUGGUCUUGCUCUGAGUUUUCCAGGUGCACCACAGGCUCUACUGCAAAGCUGCCUCACUUUUGGGGCAUUUUCCUUUAUUAUCGAAGGCCUUAACAAACAGCAGCCUGCCUUAGCACUCCCGUCUCCCUACUGCCUCAGAGCCUGCCAACAACCAUUGCUCCUUCCCUUAUCACUUCCUCUGCCAAAUGAGCUUAGUGACUCUUUCGCUUUCUUUUCCCAAUCCCUAAAAAGACAUGGGAAGAACAAUAAGGGCCCUCUCUAGUGCAAUUCAGAUCAAUUGCUAUUUCUUAUUUUGGACUUCCUUGUGAAACAUAUAUGUGGAUGAACAUGUAAACAUUUCCGUAGAGAUGAUGGGUUUUCCAUAUUUCCUCCCACCAUGAUUACAAGGUCUGACAAAUUCAGCUUUUGUUGAUUCAUUGCAAGUUAUUCACAGAUUGUAGAGCUAUAUAUGUAUGUAUAGGAAAAUGUUCAUGUAAUUUUUAGGCUUCAAACUUACUCGUACAAUUUUUAGGCCUCUUUGAUUUGAGGUGCUUUCGGAUCAAUUUUUUUUUAUAUCCACCAAAUUUCAGAUUAAAA